AUGGAUUCCCAGGAGAUGAAAGAGCUGCAGCAAGAAGUGAUGGAGGAGCUGGGAAUCUCCAUGGAGGAGCUCCAGGAUAUCAUUGACAAAGAGCUGGAGAAGUACGAGUGUGUGAAGCAGAGGAAGCAGCAGCUGGAGGAGCUGGAGAAGUGUGUGAAGCAGAAGGAAGAGGAGGUGGCUCGUGUGGACAGGCUCUUCGAUGAUGCUUCCAGAGCCAUUGAUAAGUGUGAGAGCCUGGUGAAGGAUCUGUAUUCCAAACUGGGCCUCCAGUACCGGGAGAGCAGUUCCGAGGAUGAGGAUUUGGCUGCCAAAGCCAUGGAAGUGAUUGAGAUCCCGGAUGAGGACGACGACGAUGUCAUGAGCAUUGAUCCAGGCACUGGUAGUUCCCGAAUCACAAAGGAUCAGACUCUGGAAGCUGUGGCUGCAAUCAGAAAGUCUGCCCAGAAUGUACAGAAGUUCGUGGAUGCUGUGAACAAGAAAACAAGUGCUCAGGAUGCCCAGAAAGGUCAGUCUGGGGGGGAUCUGAGCCGUGAUGAAGAUCUCAACGUUGGCAUGAGGAUCCUGGGCAAGAAGAGAACCAAAACGUGGCACAAGGGGACUCUGAUCGCGAUCCAGAGCGUGGGUGCUGGCAAGAAGUACAAAGUGAAGUUUGAUAACAAAGGGAAGAGUUUGCUCUCUGGCAAUCACAUUGCUUAUGACUAUCACCCUCUGCCUGAGAAGCACUACGUUGGCAGCAGGGUUGUGGCCAAAUACAAAGAUGGGAACCAGGUUUGGCUCUAUGCUGGCAUUGUGGCUGAGACCCCAAACGUGAAGAAUAAGGACAGGUUUCUGAUCUUCUUUGAUGAUGGCUACGCUUCAUAUGUCAAGGAGUGGGAGCUGUACCCAAUCUGCAGACCCUUGAAAAAGACCUGGGAAGACAUUGAGGAUGUUUCCUGUCGGGAUUUCAUCGAGGAAUACAUCACAGCCUACCCCAACCGCCCCAUGGUGCUGCUGAAGAGUGGGCAGCUCAUCAAAACAGAGUGGGAAGGGACCUGGUGGAAAUCCCGAGUGGAAGAAGUGGAUGGCAGCCUGGUCAAGAUCCUUUUCCUGGAUGACAAGCGCUGCGAGUGGAUUUACCGGGGCUCCACACGCCUCGAGCCCAUGUUCAGCAUGAAAACCUCCACAGCCUCCACCCAGGAAAAGAAACUGAGUGGACAAGCAAGAACUCGUCCCAAUGUUGGUGCUGUGAGGAGCAAAGGGCCCGUGGUACAAUACACCCAGGAUCUAACAGGAGCUGGUACCCAGUACAAGCCUUUAGAGCAGAUGCAGGCAGCCUCACAAGCCCCACGCCCUGCUUCUCCACAGCCUGCUGAGAUGGAGUGCUCGGACAGUCAGCUGGCCCAGGCAAGGAAGCAAGUGGCCAAGAAGAGCACUUCCUUCCGUCCCAGCUCCGUGGGCUCCGGGCAGUCCUCCCCUUCUCCCCCUGUCCUCAGUGACACCGCUCUGGCGGGCAGGACCACUGCAGCCCAGCAGCAUCG